AUGCCAACAAACCUUUUGCAUAAUCAAAUCAUACUUCCUCCUCCUUUAGAUGUAUACAACAGUGCUGACGAACUUUUUCAGAGUGUUCAAAGAUUUGCAAAUUCCCAAGGCUAUGUAUUAGUUAAAAAAAGAAACCGAAAAGAUAAGUGUAGUGAAUUAAAAAAUAUGGAACUAUCAGCACAAGAUGCAUUAAAGAGUAUGAUCAAUGAACCAGCAGUUACAUUACAAAACCCAGAUGUAGUCCGUACCAAAGGACGUUUCUCUGGAGCUCUUAAUCAGCAGCAAACUAAUUCUACCAAAAGAGACCCUUCUGGUUUCAAAUUGGUAGAUAACAAAGUAUGA